GUAGCCCACAAUGGUGCUUCAGGACCCCGGCAACAAUGCGCCUGAAGGCUUUACAGACGAUGCCUACCCGUCCUCGGAUGAUCCAUACGCAUCCCCGCCGGCUGCCUCGGCCAGCGGUGCUCGCUUCGACUCGACCACUCUGCCGCGCCCAUUGCCUGUCAUAGGCACCUUCAUGGGCUUCUCCGAACGUGCCGUCCGCUUCAAAACCGAGACGACGCUCAAGUUUGCCGAGCGCAAGGUCGGCCGCCAGCUGAGCCCCGAAGAAGCCCAAGCCCUCGCCUUCCACAUCUACAAGCUUGAGCAAACAAAGAGCUAUUUCGCCGCUACGGGCGCCGCAGCGGGUACCUGGCAGUGGUAUCGCACAAUGGACAAGAUCAAAUAUCCCUUUUACCAGCCCAAAGUCGAGGAUAUUGACAGGAACAAAUUCGGACCCAUCCGUGGCCCAUUGGCGCAGUUUGCGCGACACGCAUGGCGCUUCACUCUAUACGUGGGCGUGGCAGGACAAAUGGGUAGCAUCAUUGGCCAGCUCUUCGCACAGCCCCUUGCAGCAGUCAACACAGCCAACGAUCCGAAGCUGGAGCACUUUGGAACAGAGUUGAAGGCUUCGUCGCAUGCCGAGGGCCAGAGGAAUGCGCAGCAGGGGCGCGAGAUUGGAGACCGAAGACGAGAGUUCCAAGAGCAGGUGAGAAACCGUGCCGGCGGGGGGCCAUCACCACAGGCUAGGUGGGGCAGACAGCCUCCAGCACAGAAGGAUGAUACGGCCGACGAUAUGAGCCCUACUGCUGGCAAUCAAGUUUGGGGAUCCGAGUCCACGGGUGCACAAACUUGGGAAUCCUUUUCAAGCGAAUCAUCACAACCGAGUCCACAAAGGCAGCAAAGUCCGCCGUCCACGGACACUUGGAAUCGUCAGCCCCCAGCCCAGCGCCAGUCUAACCGAUCGUCGUCUUCUCCAUUUGAUGACGACGACGCCUCUCCCACAGGUGGGCUUUUCCAAGACGAAGUAACAAACUCACAGUCGCAAUCUCAAGGACAAACACGGCCGGGUGAGUCUUCGUGGGACCGUAUCAGGCGCGGUGGUCAGCCUGUACCGCUCCAGAGACCACAACGGCAACCACGGAGGGCGGAGCCAGAACGUAGAGAGCAAAGAGAGGGGUCCACUCUGGGCGAUUCGUACACCUUUGUGGGCGAUGAUGAAGAGAGGAACAGGGAGCGGGAGCGUGCACAGCAAGAGUUUGAUGCCAGGAUAGAGAAAGAGAGACAGGGAGGGGAUUUUAGUGAUGAUGAGAAGAGGUGGUAGAUCAGCACACGGGAUCAAUGGCUGAGACAGUGAUGUGAGAUAAUAACGAGCCCAAGUACUCGGCCAGCCAUGCAUUUAAA